AUGAGCUCCAGCGCGUCCGAUUCCUCUGGAGGCCCCUGCGCUUCGACGCCGCCCGCCGACAAGGACAAGCAGAAGGAGAAGGCCCGCGUCAGCCGUACCUCUCUCAUACUCUGGCACGCCCACCACAACGACGUCGCCGCCGUCCGCAAGCUCCUCGAGGAGGAUCGCUCUCUCGUCCACGCCCGCGACUACGACAACCGCACUCCGCUCCACGUGGCUUCCCUCCACGGCUGGAUCGACGUCGCCAAUUGCCUUAUUGAGUAUGGCGCCGAUGUCAACGCCCAAGAUCGCUGGAAAAACACCCCUCUAGCUGAUGCAGAAGGAGCUAAGAAGCAUACAAUGAUUGAGCUUCUAAAAUCGUAUGGUGGCUUGUCUUAUGGCCAAAAUGGAAGCCAUUUCGAACCGAAACCGGUGCCACCCCCUCUGCCCAACAAGUGUGAUUGGGAAAUUGAACCGUCUGAGCUCGACUUCUCCAGCUCAGUUACCAUCGGAAAGGGUUCUUUUGGUGAGAUUUUAAAAGCACAUUGGCGUGGAACACCAGUAGCUGUCAAACGCAUUCUUCCAUCCCUUUCGGGUGAUAGAUUGGUGAUUCAGGACUUCCGUCAUGAAGUUAAUUUGCUAAUGAAGCUUCGUCACCCUAAUAUAGUCCAAUUUCUUGGAGCUGUUACUGAGAAGAAGCCCCUUAUGCUAAUAACGGAAUAUUUAAGAGGGGGUGAUCUUCAUCAAUACCUCAAGGAAAAGGGUGCACUUAGUCCUUCAACAGCUAUCAACUUUGCCUUAGACAUUGCCCGAGGCAUGGCUUAUCUUCACAACGAGCCAAAUGUCAUAAUUCACCGAGACCUGAAACCAAGGAAUGUUCUCUUAGUCAAUUCCAGUGCAGACCAUUUAAAAGUUGGAGAUUUUGGACUAAGCAAGCUCAUCAAGGUUCAGAAUUCUCAUGAUGUGUACAAGAUGACUGGCGAAACUGGAAGUUACCGCUAUAUGGCUCCUGAAGUUUUUAAGCACCGGAGAUAUGAUAAGAAGGUUGAUGUGUUCUCUUUUGCAAUGAUAUUAUAUGAGAUGCUUGAAGGGGACCCACCGCUAUCAAACUACGAGCCUUAUGAAGCAGCCAAAUAUGUGGCGGAAGGACACAGGCCAUUGUUUCAUGGAAAAGGGCACACCCCUGAACUGAAAGAGUUAAUAGAGCAGUGUUGGGCUGCUGACAUGAACCAAAGACCAUCUUUCUUGGAAAUUCUCAAAAGGCUUGAGAAGAUAAAGGAAAAAACUUUACAGGCAGAUCAUCACUGGAACAUAUUUAAUACGUAA